GUACUCAGCAGAAAAUAACCUAUAUCAUGCGCAUGUGUGCUUCAUUAGGAAUUGGCGGUGUUUCACUUGUGCCGGCUUUUGUGAAUUUCGUGUCCAAAUAAAUAUUUAAAACAGUAACCAUGGCUGCGACUAUGCCAAUUAACCCCAAACCAUUUUUAAAUGGUUUGACAGGAAAACCAGUCAUAAUAAAAUUAAAAUGGGGCAUGGAAUAUAAAGGUUAUCUUGUAUCUAUAGAUGGCUACAUGAACUUACAGUUGGCCAACACUGAAGAGUAUAUUGAUGGUGCAUUAGCUGGAAAUUUAGGAGAAGUGUUUUUGAGAUGCAACAAUGUUUUAUAUAUAAGAGGAGUAGAGGAAGAAGACGAAGAGGGAGAGAUGAAAGAUUGAAUCAUACUUCAUUAUUUUGUCCAUAAAUCCAUUUUUUAUUUCUUCUUUUAA